AAAAAGCAAAAGCCGUCCACGUGUUUUCCAAACGUGGCGGCUGCUACUUCGGUUCUCUUCCAAUUAUAGCCUACCAUCAAAGCAAAUUAACCAUCUCCGCCGAACCACCACCCAACCAGAGAUGAAUUCCGGCGAAUCAAAGUUCACUUUGUUUCCCUAACCGUUCUCUAAUGCAUCACUUGUGCUGCAUCUCUACGGUUUCCGAACGGAAUCCGGCGGUGCCAUCAUCUUCGUCGACGAUUUCAUUCACGAAGUUACGCAACAUGAUUCCCCCUCCUCAUCCAACACCGACGAACGCCGCACAGAAAUCCGAUUCCAUUCAUCGUCGCCGUGAAUCACCCGUCGAUCUUAAUAACAAAAUCCAAAAUAGCAAUAACGGGAGUGGCGAUUUUAGUCACCUGAGUACGAGGUCUAGUGUUCCGCUGUCGAUAGAGUUAUCGUCAAGGAUUUCUUCGUUGCAGGAUCCACAGGUAUUAUCUGAUCACCGAGAUUGUUUGAAGAUCAACGAUGUAGUUGGUAACGGCAUCUGUGGAAUUCUUUUUAAGUGGGUGAAUUAUGGAAAAGGUUGGAAGCCGAGGUGGUUAGUUCUUCAGGAUGGUGUUCUAUCUUAUUACAAGGUUGAUGGACCUGAUAAGAUCGUUGUCAAUCAAGAAAUCGAGAAAGGAUCGAAGAUCAUUGGAGAAGAAUCGCUCCGUCAAAUGAGUCAAAUUAGUCGCCCCAAGAAUGGCCAAUCCCAACUUCGCCGGCAGCCCUCGGGUGAAAUUCACCUCAAGGUUUCGUCGAUCAGCGAGUGCAAAUCGGAUGACAAGAGAUUCUCGAUUUUUACCGGCACUAAAAAGCUGCAUUUGAGGGCCGAGACGAAGGAGGAUAGAGCGGCAUGGAUGGAGGCAUUGAAGUCUGUGAAGGACAUGUUCCCAAGGAUGUCGAACGGCGAGUUAAUGGCGCCUAUGGACAAUGUUGUCGUCUCCACAGAGAAGUUGAGGCAGAGGCUGUUGGAGGAGGGCGUAAGUGAAGCGGCAAUUCAAGAUAGCGAACAGAUAAUGAGAAGUGAAUUCUCGUCGGUUCAGAAGCAGCUUGUGCUUCUCAAGCAGAAACAGUGUCUCCUCACCGACACAUUGCGACAGUUAGAGACUGCUGAAGGAGGACGGCUGCUCCCAUUCUGGCCCUUUUGUUAGUCAGAACUCCUUAGCGUUUAUAUGCUAAGUGAUGGGGACAUCAAGACACAGCCGAAGGAAGAAGAAGACCCAACAUUCUUUGUGGUUGGAAGAUUAGAAGAAGGAAUGAGAAUUGAAAAACAGCCAAUGAGCAAACCCCCCCACCCCUCUCACGAUUCUCUCUCUCUUUCAAUCACGUCUUUCUCACUCUCUCUUUCUCGCCUUUCUCUCUUUCUUCUCUCUCGGUUCUUUCUUCUCUCACCCCCUCCCUCUCUCACUUUUCUAUCUUUUCUCACUGGAACUAUUGCUGGUUAUUGACUUGAACUGUUGCUGUUUACUGCUACUGUUGUUGCUCACUGUCUACUGCUGUCUGUCAAUAUCUGCUGCUGUGCUACCUUUUGAUGUUGAACUGUUGCUGCUUUUUUAUCUUCCUUUGAUGCUGGACUGUUGCUGAUUUUCUCUUCAAUACUGGGCUGUUGUUAUCCUUUACGUUAAGGACUGGGCUGCUGCUGAUCUCUUUUCAACAAUUGGACUACUGUUGGACAUCAUCUUCAAAUCUGGGUUCUCUUCCUUUAUUCUCAGACCUGGGCAGCAGAUAAGUAUAGAAUAAACCCUCCCAUUCCCUCCAUUAUCCCCUCAUUAUUUACUCCGUUGCUUCCAUUAAAACCCACCCCCCUUUUUAGCCAUUGUUUAAUCUUUUAUUUACCUCACUGUUUGCUUUAAGUAUUGCUGGUCUUCUUAUUACUAGUAUAACUGAUUUUAGAGCAUAUAGCAUGGGGUUUUUAUCUACUUUAGGUGCUUAAUAAACUUUUGCUGUAACCUAAUUUUAUGUGUUUCCCCUUGAGGCUUGCUGACAUGUUCCCUACGCCAUGUUUCCCCUUGAAGCUUGAGUGAGUUUAUGUGUUUUCUUCCUAGAUUAUUAUUGCUCUUUGCUACUUUGUUCAUUAGUCUCAUUCCAUUUUGCAUGUUAAAUCUUGUUUGCUGAGCUUCUUUUGUCCUGUCUACCCAAGCCCCUUGAGUUAACCCUACCUAGUUAGUUAAUCCUGUAGGAAACCAAGUCACCUGGGAACCCCCUACAUCACUAAGCCAUCCUAUUUGUGAAAAUAACCACCAGUGGUGAAACCCUUAUCCAUAAACUGCGACUACAAACCUCUCUCCAUAGAAUGUGACUAUUUUAAUAUUAGACAGUCUUGACAUAUUUCUGGUAUUUUGCUAGAAAGCUUUCAAUGGAUUUAUCACAUCUAUGGCUAUGAUGUUGGGAGGUUGACUUACUAUUCAAGGUGCUAUUAGCUCAGAAUUUCUUGAUAGUCAUCUGCUAAAAAUAUUUUUUGUAUAAUUUAUUGUAUACACAGAAAAAGUUGAUAUGGAGAAUACAAUGGUUGAUGAGAGCCAAAGACAGCAGGGAGCUUCUUCAAGGUUGAGGCAAGACAAAUAUAGUGUUACAAGGUAGCGUACAAGAUAGGAAUGGAAAAAACGGUUGUCACUUUAUUUGGAAAAUGGGAUGAAAGCAUGCAUUAUGUUAAUGGAGACUGUUCUGGGAAGGGAAAAAGAUCGGACCCUUUUGUCUCCAUCCUACUGUCUUUGGAAGAGAAGCAAGCCGUCAAUGUUCCCCUCGAGAUACGCCUUGCAUUACACUAAAUGAGCUUACUACUGGAUUGAAGAAGUUCCACCAACAGAUUCAAGGCUUAGAUCUGAUGAAAGGUGCCUUGAAAAUAGUGAGUACAAAAUGGCCAAUGCAGAGAAGCUGCGGUUAGAGCAGAGGCAGCGCCAGCAGGAAAGGUCGCCUCAGAGGCAAACAAGCGAAUGUGAGCAAUAUUGAGAAGUGCACUAGAAAGGCAAAGAGAUGGAAAACGUCGUGAUGUAUCCGGCUACUUUGGGCAUGAUGCAGGUGUUUCUUUUUGGGAGUUGGGACCCUUUGGACAUUGGAUAUCACAAAUUUAUUUUUUGAUUUAAAGGUGUUAUGUUCUUUCAUCCUUUUUUUUUUCUAUUGACUCUGUUGAACCAAAUAUUUCAACAAUAUGGUUCUUGACUUUUGUUUGCUUAAUGAGUAUCUCCUUUGGGGGAGCAAGUGGGUACUCUUCGCCCUCUCGCAUGUAUUUUUUUAAUCAUUGUUUCUCUCAUAAAAAAAGAUUAACAGUAAUA